GGAGACUGAAGAGCAGGACCCCAAUGACCUAGGAGACCCGGCAGUGAUGAGAGCCGUGCAGAGCAAACCCACACUGGAGAGCCAGGACUCGGCGGUGCUGGACAGCAGGAUUGGUGCUUGCUGGGCAGAGUUUGACAAGGAGGACAUGCUGACGAUGGAUCCUGGGACGUGGGGCUCCUGCCCUGGCAGUGUCUCACCCCACCAUGUGCUGGAGGAUAAAGCCAUCCUCCAGGUCCUGGAGAGGCCCCCACCAUCCACCAACAUGGCCUUUGACUUUCUUGGCUCCCGUGUGCAGAGGGGCUAUGGGGACUCUCCCCGGCUCAAGCACCCUGACUUGAGACUGAUGUCCCCCAAGUCCUUCCCCCAGCAUUUCAUCCAGCAGCAGGCACCUCUGAUGUCUCCUCGCUCCCCGUGCCCCCCACGGCCCUUCCCGCCAGCUCGCAGGCCCCCUCCACUCUUCACUUCCAACCAGACUGCAGGGUACACGUCUCCAGCCCCUUUCCAGCCCGGGUCCCCCACCAUGGACAGCCCACUGCAGCCCCUGGCCAUGCACUUUGGGCCCAUGUCCCCCUCCUUGGACCCUGCUCUCUUCUUCAGCCCCUCAGCCAACAGCCAGCUGAACCUCAGCAUGCCCAGCCACAUGACGCAGCUGCACCCCCAGCACCAGCGGAUCCUAACACAGCGGCAGCAGCAGGGCAGGCAGGCACAGAGUAUUUCCCCCAAGAAGCCGUGGUCUCCUAAAGUGGACCCUCACGCUGGGCUGAUGACCUCCAAGGAGAAGGACUGGGUCAUCAAAGUGGAGAUGAUCCAGCUGCAGAGCGAGAACAUAGAUGAUGACUACUACUAUCAGUGGUACUACCACCGUCUGGAGCGCAGGCAGGCGGAGGAGGAGCUGUUGGGCGGGCGCAACAAGCUGGACACCCCCAAGCUGGUCACGCCGUUCAUCCAGAAAGUGGAGACCUAUGACUCUGUGGUGCGCAUCGCCGGCUCGCUGGGCCAGGUUGCUGUUUCCACCUGCUACAGCCCUCGCCGGGCCAUUGAUGCUGUGCACCAUGCCCUCGUGGAGGAGGCUGCAGGGAGCCACCGGCUGCGGGCACUGCACAGGAUCGAGAAGCUCUUCCUGCAGCUGCUGGAAGUGGAAGAGGCACAGCAGAAGAUGUCCCUCACCCUGGGGGUGGAGCAGGAGCAGCAGAGCCAAGAAGUGGAGGGUCUCUACCAUGCCUUGAAAAUCAGAGCUUGCAACAGCGAGGAGGAGGCAGAGGAUGAAUUCCUGCAGCUGCUGUGUGUGCGGAAGGGCAAGAAGCUCGUGGCUCGGCUGCUGCCCCACCUGACCCGGGAGCAAGGGGAGAAGAUCCUGCUGACCAUCACUCACCACCUGCCCUUCCUCAUGAAGAAGGAUGUGCUAGAUGAGUCUCUCCCCCUGCUCUACAGCCCAUUGAAUGAGGUGGUGGGCGGGAUGACCUUCAGCAAACUCAUCGAGGUCCUGCAGGAGCUGACGCAUCCUCUGCCUGAGUGCCCUGAGCUCCCCCUCACCAUGGCCUUGAAGAACCAGUUUGGGAUCUCCUUACUCUACUCCCUGCUGAGCCAUGGGGAGAGGCUGCUGUCAUCGGAUGUGCCAUUGGAGCCGCGGAGUGGAGACUUUGAGGCGUGGACAGACACGGUGUACCUGGUGGCCCGGGAGCUGUCGCAGGUGCCCAAGGCCUUGCUGGUGGAGCCUCUUUUCUUGCCCAGCAACCUUCUCUCGCUCUUCUGCCGCUACCUGGACAAGCAGACUGUCCACCACCUGGAAGCCAAGAUGGAGUGCUCCCCGCUGCCAUCGGAGGCUGCCAUGUUAUGCUGAGCCCCAGAAGUCGGGAAGGGGAUCCGGGGCCAGUGGUGCUGGGAACGGGCAGGGCCCAAUGCCAUGACUUUUGAGUUUGGAAGUGAACAUUUAUUUACCCUGGUGCAGGGCACUCUGGGUGAUGUGGGCACUGGCAGGACCAGCUCUGGAGGGCUGAUCCCGCCCUGCCCCUGUGCCUGGGAGCACAGGGAGGGUGUAACUUAUUUUGGCUUCGUACCUGGCAGUGGUGUCGAGUUCGGGGUCUGCACAGGGGCGCUGGGAGCACCUGGGGGGGGUGGAAUUUGUGUAUAGCACUUGAUAUAAAAUAAAAAGGUGAUUAACUAGCUCCUCUGGCUCCUGUGGGCAACUUCUGCUGG